AUGGACAAUGCGGACGCUCGGGAGCCGAACCAUACUGGUGGCGAGCAUGUUUGCGAUAUCUGCGGAAAAGGAUUCAACCAGAAAUUCAAUCUCAACGUACACAGGAAAAGCCACACCGGUGAACUGCCGUUUGAAUGCGAUAUUUGCGGUAAAACUUUUAGUCACAAAAGCAGACUCAGCAGCCACAAAGCGUAUCACGACAAAGAAAAAACCUGUAGAAUAUGUGACAAACAAUUUUCCUUAGAAGUACAGCUCAAGAAGCACCUGAAGGAGCACAGCACGGAUCGUCCGCAUAAAUGUCCCACCUGCGGGAUAGGGUUCCGAAACAAAGCCGACCUCGCAAGGCACAUGUUCUGUCACAGCACCGAGCGACUAUUUAAAUGUGACAUUUGUGACUCAUCCUACAAGUCUCCUAAAAGUUUACAAGAUCACAUAAAAGUCCACACAGCCAGUAGUAAACCACAGUAUAAAUGUGACCUAUGUAGCAAAGCUUUCAUGACCAACAGCAAACUGAACGUGCACACAAUCCUACGUCAUACGAGUGAAAAAAAAUUCAAAUGUAAACUAUGUGGAAAGGAUUUCCACUUGCAAUCCGGGCUGACCGCGCACCUGAAACUGCACAGCACCGAGCGUCCGUACAAGUGUUCGACUUGCGGAAAAGGCUUCAAAAUGAGAUCGAUCCUCGCGAACCACAUGCGCUGUCACAGCGAUGAGCGACAGUUCAAGUGCGACAUCUGUGGUCUGUCGUACAAAGUAUUCAGUGGUUUGUACCGCCACCGGAAGAUCCACACCGAAGCCGUUGAACCGAAACAGUUUAAGUGUGACAUUUGUGAUGCGGAGUUCGAGGAGAAGAUUAGCUUAACUUUUCAUAGAAAAGUACACAGCACUCAGACCGAAGCGAGGCUGUUCAAUUGUGAAAUCUGUGGACUGUCAUACAAGACGCUUGAUAUUCUGAAAGCUCACCGGAAAGUUCAUUUGCUGAAGGAGUCCCCCUUCAAAUGUGAUAUCUGCGGUAAAGCUUUUCUAACUAAUACAAGGCUUAGAAAUCAUAAAACACUGCAUCACACAACGGAAAAGCAUUUCAAAUGCAAAACUUGUGGACGGGAUUUCCACCUGAAGGAGCAGCUGGCGAAGCACCUGAAGUGUCACAGCACCGAGCGUCCCUUUCAGUGUCCGACUUGUGGAAAGGGUUUCAAAGUGCGCCACUUGCUUGUGAAUCACUCGCGCAGUCACAGCGAUGAGCGGCAGUUUGAGUGCAAUAUUUGUGGUUCAAAGUACAAAUCCUAUAGUGGGUUGAAUACUCACCGGAAAACCCACACGGACGGUGAUCCGAAACCGUUCAAGUGUGAUACCUGUGGUGCACACAACGCGAACGCUCCGGACAGGAACCCCGCUAACGCUGGCCAGCUGGAAAACUUUCACGAUAUAAAAAUCAAUCCCCCGACGCACGGGAAAAUUCAUUCGGACGAACGACCGUUCAAAUGCGAAACUUGCGGCAAAGCUUUCGGAAGCAAUAUCAGUCUAAUCUACCAUAAAACGUACCACAGGCGAGAGAAGAACUUCCAGUGUGACAUGUGCGACAAGCGGUUUUCACUGCCAAUGCAAUUGAGGAUCCACCUGAAACAUCACAGCACGAUUGGUCCCCACAAAUGCCUGAUUUGCGAGAAGGAAUUCCGAAUUCAUUCUCUACUGGUACAUCAUAUGCACCGUCACACCAACGAGCGGCUGUUCAAAUGCGACAUAUGCGAUUUAUCGUACAAAUCCCCCAAGACUUUGUACGCCCACAAAAAACUUCACACAACCGGGGAGCUACCGUUUAAAUGUGAAAUAUGUAACAAAACGUUCCGAUCGACCAGUGGGCUAAAGAACCACACAACCGUGCGCCAUACACUGGGAACCAUUUUCAAAUGUGAUGUAUGUGGUAAAAUCUUUCCGCUGAAUAGACAGCUGGUGCAUCACCGGCAAAUACACAGCUCGGAUCGGCCGCAUAAGUGUCCGAUUUGCGGGCGAGGCUUCAAAGAUAAACCAGUGCUGGCAAACCAUAUUCGUCGCCACAGCGACGAGCGCCUGUUCAAGUGCGACAUCUGCGGUGCAUCACACAAAACGCGAACCAACCUGUACAUUCACAAGCGGAUCCACACAACGGCGAUUGAGGGAAAACAUUUGACGUGUGCGAUUUGCGGUGCCCAGUUCCGUCAGAAAAAGAGCCUCACAAUGCACCGGAAAGUGCACAGCUUGGACAAUAGCGCGAAUGAGUGCCUGAUCUGUGGGCAAGCUUUCCCAUCGGCUGAUUUGCUUACGGAACACAUGGGCAGCAGUCACCGAGUUGAGCGAAAGCAUGAGUGCGACAUUUGCGGCGCAUCGUACAAGUCACGUAACGGAUAUAACCUGCACAAAAAAACUCACAUGUCUGUGGAGCCGAAACCCUACAAGUGUGACUUUUGCGUUGCCGAGUUUGUUCAAAAGAGUAGCCUCAAUUUCCAUAGGAAAAAGCACCUGCAGGAAGAGGGACCCACCUGUCCUUUUUGUGGAAUUAAACUUUCGACCGAAAAAAGCAUGAACAUACACAAGAAACGGGUACAUCCCGAUCAGUCAUUCGAGGUGUUCUGCGAUUGUGAUAUUUGUGGCAAAACAUUUAAAUCCAAGCUGGAUGUUUUGAAUCACAAAAUUAAAGAUCAUUCAACGGAGAAAAAAUUCAAGUGUGAAAUCUGUGGUAAAGAUUUUCACUUGAAGGGACAACUAACGAGACACCGGAAGGUGCACCUGGCGGAGCGUCCGCACAAGUGUUCGAUCUGCGGGAAAGGUUUCCUAUUUCUUUCCGGACUGCAGAUGCACUCGCACAGUCACAGCGAUGAGCGGCUGUUUGCCUGCGACAUCUGUGGUUCGGCGUACAAAACUGCCGGCAGUCGAGCGGCUCACCGCAAGCAAUGUCACACGAACAUAUGUGAAGAGAAUCCGGAAGUUUUGCACCAUCUUUUGAAUCUGUCAGAGCCUCAGUAA